AUGGAACAGUUGGCUUCGACCCAAGAAACAGAAUUUAUACUAGAUACUCUUUGCGAACUUUAUAAGGCUGAUCUGGUGAAACUAAACGGUAUCAGAAAUUCGAAGGGAAAGGAUCGGAAUGGACAGGCACGCCCUAGUUUCCUCCUGAUGGCAAAGAAGGUCUUUGAUAACAUACCAGCAGCUAAGAUUCCUGCUUUGUACUUGGCUCUCUUUGAUUGCGCACCUAAUUAUGUUGUUGAGCACGCCGAUGGAUUAGAAUAUGAAAAUGGAAUUGGCAUCAAGACAUUACUCAAUGUGCAGGAGUUACUGUUGAAUGUAAUUGUUCCAUAUCAGUUACCACACUCAGUAAAAGCACCGUGCCCAAAUUCAUCAGAAGGUCCAUGUAGCGCGAAGAGAAAUGCGAAAGCU